GUCCUGAUCACUCGUCCGCAUUCAUUCAUUCACAAACUGGAGGCCGUUGAGGCUCGCGCCAUGGGCGGCAGGGCCAUGCUGGAUCCGCUGAGGGUGGGGGGAGUGAUAGGGGACGUGCUGGAUGGCUUCAGUGCGAGCUUGAAGAUGGAGGUGGUGUAUGGAGGGAACAAGCAGGUGCACAAUGGGCACGAGUUCAUGCCCUCUGCUGUCAGUGCAAAGCCCAGAGUAGAGGUCGGAGGGGAGGACAUGAGGAAUUUCUACACACUCAUUUUUAUAGACCCUGAUGCUCCGAGUCCCAGCGACCCCCACCUGAGAGAACACCUGCACUGGAUCGUCACUGAUAUCCCUGGCACAACCAAUGCCUCAUUCGGUAGAGAGAUAGUGAAGUACGAGAGUCCGAAGCCGUUGAUGGGCAUCCACAGGUUCAUCUUCGUGCUGUUCAAGCAGAAGGCGAGGCAGACAGUGCAGGCGCCGGAGGCGAGAGACGGAUUCAGCACCCGAGCCUUUGCCGACGACAACGCCCUGGGUCUCCCCGUCGCCGCCGUUUACUUCAACGCCCAGAGAGAGACUGCUGCGCGAAGAAGAUGAAUAGAUGAUGGGUAAUGAACUCUUCACUAAUGAUUAUUAUUAUUAUUAUUAUUAGAUGAACAAACAAAGGCAUGAACUCUUCACUUAUAUACUCGGUUUUUUGACGAAGGGAUCAUGACAACUUGUAUUAAUUUUAUUGUUGCAUUGUUGUGUGCUACUUUAUAUAUAAAAAAGGUAUGUA